UGAAAAACAACCCCCAAAAAUGGCAACAACUAACAACUGUCGUUUACUCUCUUUUUAAAGAUUAUUUUGUGCCCCACAGGUUAUUUUUGAAAAAGUUACAAAAUAAAAAGCAAUGAAAUUUCCUAUUUUUUGAUAGUUUUGCACAGUACUAGUUGUGAAAAUAAAAUACGGAACUCGGUUUGCAAAAAAAAAAUGAUUCCGAAAAAAUGUAAAUGAAUAAAAAAGAGUACUUUUGUUUGUGAAAAGUGUAUUAAGAUCGAAAGACAACAAUCAAAUAUCAACAAAGCUGUGAAUAAAAACCAAUGAUUUCUUCAUGAGUAAUCAAUUGUGUUAUAAAACUAAACUAAGUUAAAACGAACACAAUGUAUGCCUACCCAUACCCGAUAUAUUUUUUAUUCCCGAAUACCAUGCCGAAGAAUCAUAAAUACAGGCAGUCAUCUACUUUAUGGUGGCUGACACUCUUGGUUUUUUUUUUUGGAGUUAGCAUCGAUCAAAUUGUAAAUGGUGCUAGUGCUGGCAGCAAUUUGGACACAGAGGAGGCAGCGUUUCAGGGUCAUUGUGGUCACACUAGUCCUUGUGAGCAACUGUGCUAUGAGAUUCAUGAUGGUAUUUAUGAAUGCGACUGUAUUGAGGGCUACGAGCUAAACAGAAAUGGAUACAGUUGCCAAGUGAUUAAUGCCACCAAUAAUAGCAUAGGUGGUGUUCGUGGUAAAUCAGAUGAGGAUGUCUUUUAUGAAAAAGGAGCAUUCUUUAGCGCCAAAUUGGCUAGUGCUGAUACACUUAAAUUUAUGUCACAAAAACCAUUGACUAAUUCCAAUGGAAAAAAUAACAAUUUUAACGCUAAUUAUAAAUUGUAUUCAUAUGCCGAAAUGGAAAAUUAUGACUACAAUGAUAUUAAUGAACAUCCACAAAGCGAACCGAAAGUCAAUUUAAAAAAAAAAACAAAUAAGUAUUACAUAUCAGAGAAGAAUAUACAUUUUGAUCUAAAUCGUCUAAAACGCAACACUACCACUAAACCAGAUACUUUAGCGAAAUCGUUUAAAGAAAAAUCUUUUUCUACCAGCGCACCAUCGGUAACGGACAAAAAUGUAUUUGAAUAUAGUGCCUAUUUAAGUGGCAUUAAGAACUAUGGCUACAAAUCAGAUAAUUCUAGCUAUGCCAAUAAUAAGCAAAUGAAAGUAACCACUAAAAAAAAAACACAUACAUAUCACCGAAUAAAAAAUAUCAGCAACGUAACAAAUAAUAAUCAAAAAGACAAUGAAAAUGCAAAUAAUAUGAAAGUACAAACUUUUAUCAAUACAACUAAUUUCAAGAAUAGUUUAUCAUAUUUGAAAAAUGUAACAAUCGGAACAGGAAACCAUAAAAAAACCAUCACCUCACAAUGUAAGCUGGAUUGCGGUUCGGAUGGUAUUUGCGCCUCAGAGUCAACUUUUUUGAGCGUUCGUUGCUUAUGUCCUUUUGGAAAAACGGGAAAUCAAUGUCAAGAGGAUAUGCGUGUUCAUGUGCCGCGUUUUACCAAACGGUCAUGGUUGGCAUUCCCUGCUUUACAUGGAGCGUAUAAACAUGUUCAAUUGCGCUUGGAAUUUCGACCUGAAUCUUUUGAUGGUAUCGUUUUGCUAAGUGGAGAACGUGAUGAUCUAACAGGCGAUUUUAUGGCGUUACUCUUGAACAAAGGAUUUGUGGAGUUUUGGUUCGAUUGUGGCUCAGGUGUGGGCAGCGUGCGAUCACGGGAGACAGUUUCGCUGAAUGAAUGGAACUCAGUGAUAAUAUAUAGACAUCGGUGGGAUGCAUGGUUGGUGCUUAAUCAAGGUACCAAAGUACAGGAUAGAUCAAACGGUUUAUUUUCGCGAAUAACGUUUCGUGAACCUGUAUUUCUAGGUGGUGUUGGUAAUAUAACAGGGAUAAGUGAACGUCUACCUAUAGCGGAAGGAUUUUCUGGAUGUAUACGUCGUUUUGUAGCAAAUGAGCAUGAUUAUAAAUUUGUUGGACAUCCCUUAGGCGAUGUCACUAAUGGCUUUGACAUACAGGAAUGCUCUACAGAUAAAUGUGUACAUUAUCCUUGUGAACAUGGUGGGAAAUGCUUACAGUCGGUCCAAGGAGCCAUUUGCUUAUGUCCCAUAGGAUUUGUAGGAGACCUUUGUGAGAUACGAUUGGAUUUACAAGUUCCGGCUUUCAAUGGAUCUUCUUUUUUGCGAUAUGCUCCUCUUAGGGACAGCGCAUUGAUCUGGCUGGAAUUAAAGAUUAUUUUAAAGCCUGAGCAAGAGGAUGGUUUGAUAUUGUACUCAGGGCCUGAAAGUGUUGGGGACUUUAUAGCUGUUUAUUUAAAAAAAGGUUUUGUCGAAUUCACGUUUGAUUUGGGUUCGGGGCCGGCGCUAGUUCGAAGUGACCAUGCUCUUACUAUGGGACUAUGGCAUUGCAUCCAUAUCUCUCGAACUGCUCGGUUGGCAGUGCUUAAGAUUGAUCAGCAUCAGGAGGUCAUGACCAUAUCAUCCAAUGGGUUUUGGCACUUGUCUCUAAAACAAAAUCUUUUCGUAGGAGGGGUGUCUCAUGAAAACCAUUUGCCAUUGGACAUGAAAUUUAUACCCUUUUUUGUUGGCUGUAUUCAAAAUAUUGAAAUUAAUGGGCAGACUUUGGGCAUUGUCUCUGAAGCUUUGGGUGGCAGCAAUUUAGACAACUGUCCUCACGCAUGUGUAGCUCGGCCUUGCGGACCAUUGGCAGAAUGUGUUCCUCGGAUGGAAAACUAUGAAUGCCGCUGUACCUUACGCAAUAAGCAAUGCCAGGUUGUUUCGGGACUUACACGUAAGCAAUUCCCAAUUUACGGGGCUCAGCAUAAAGGAGUUGGCAAAGUUCCUGUAUUAAACAGCAAAAGUCAUUUUAAGCUUGGACAAAGAUGGCUGAAAGACCAAGCAAGUGGUUCGAAAAUACUUUCUGUAGGAGAUGAUGGAGAAGACCUCAUUAAUAAUGAAGAAGUAUUAAAUUUUUUGCAGCGGAAGAAACAUUUAAAACCUUUUGGAAAGCAACGAGUCGUCAAAGAGUAUCGUGAGAAAUACAAUUCAAGCGAAUUUGAGUACAGUCAGAAAGCAACUUCUGCAAAUUUUACGAAACUAAUUAAUGUUCCCAACUUUCAAACGAGUUUCCUAUCGACGUACAAAAACAAAACGAAUCGAUUAGAAUAUACCGAUGGCAAGGCAGUCAAAGCUAAAAAUUACCAAAUACAAGGUCUUGACGUAUCAAAUACCUCAACUUAUGGAGACACUUUUACCUUUGAUGACCCUUCAAUCUCUGAAUCUCAUGAUACAGAAGAUUAUCAGCGAAAAAAACAAUUCUCUGUAAAUAUGAAACGUGUUAUGUCCAAUUCGAAGUCGUUUUUUUUUUCCUCAACAUCACCGCAGACUCACACAGAUUGGAGUCUGUUAACAAAAUUUGACCUUUCUGCAAAACAUAAGUCACAAAUACAAAAUGUAACAAAAAACUUUGGUGCCUGCUUUGCUGGUUCGGAUAGCUAUUUUUAUUAUAAUGAUGUGAAUACCAUGAAUCACUUAGCAAGUAGUCAAGUUGACUUGAAUUUACGCAUUAAAACUCUUUCGCAAUAUGGAAUUAUCUUAUGGACAGGCCAACGGGGCUUAACUGCAAAUGAAGAUUUUCUAUCCCUAGGAAUAGAAGAUGGAUAUCUGCAUUUCCGGUAUGAUUUGGGCUCUGGUGAAGUUGAUAUCCGAUUCAAUACUACAAAAAUUAGCGAUGGUUUAUGGCAUCGCGUCAGAGCGAUUAGAAACUCAAAAAAGGGUUUUUUAGAAAUGGAUGGCCGAAAAAGUUUUACUUUACGAACACCUGGAAACAGCCGUCAACUAAAUACCGAAACGGGGUUGUACGUUGGUUGUAUGCCCAAUGUUUCGUACUUCACGCAUCAGAAAUACUUCAAAGGAAUUGUAGGUUGCAUGUCGGAAAUUGUUUUGGCUGGCGAAAUCAGGCUAAAUUUUGAUUCGAACACAUUGGGGUCUAUGCAUAAUGUGGAGACAGGACUACUAUGAAGAGCGCAAAAAAAAACUUUUGAUAUCAAAUUCAUUGAAUCAAGUACUCAUCCAAACUUGGUUUUGUAUAAAAUAUUGACAUUUAAAGAUGAAAAUAUUGCUUUAAAGAUAUUAUAGAAUUGCAAACAUAGAACGUACAUUACCUUUUUGGAAAAAAAAAAACAAUAUUACUUCAAAAUCGGAAAGAU